GGCAGUGGCGGAUCUACAGCGGAAAGCGGCCGCCCACCCCUAAAAGCUACCCCACCAUUCAAUCUCAGCCUCGUGAAACAUCAGAUUUCUUUAAAUUGCGACAUAUCGUACAAAAGCAGGACUGAUCCUCGAUUUACUAUUCUCCGAGAAAAUAAAGAUCAUCAAACACAUUACAUUUAUCAAAAUAUGGCAGAUCCCUCAAGAGACACCUAUGAAUCGCCUUUGAAAGGUUACGAGAAUGCCUCUCCUCUCCCAGAUGAGAAGGCUGCGGAUGGCAAAAGUUAUCUCAACCACCAAACGGGUGUCCUAAGCAAGAGCUACGAGAGGUUCACGGAUCCUCUUGAUAAUGGCAUCCGAGGAGGAUUUGAUAUCCACAUUUACUACUUCCACAAAAACCCAACCCAACUACAAUUCGCAAAGGAUCUCUGGAAGAGAAUUCGCUUAGAAUUUCCUGAGCUUCGUAUCUAUAGAUUCUGGGAAGAACCAAUAGGCCCUCAUCCACUAGCUAUGUUCGAAGUCAACCUCUUCACGCCCGCCCAAUUCGGAGCUUUCAUUCCAUGGCUGGUAAUCAAUCGGGGACCUCUAAGUGCGCUUAUACACCCAAAUUGUGUUGAUCCUGAGACGGGAGCGCAUGAAGAUGAAUACAGAGAUCAUACGCAGAGAGCCACAUGGAUGGGAAAUCCUGUUGCUUUGGACUUGCAACCAUUCCAGAAAAGAGAGGCUGAAAGAGAGAAGAAGAGGGCCUUGGAGAAGAAGCAAGACAAUGCUUGAGUGAUGAUAUUGUGGGAGGUGGAGUGUAUUGAUGUUGCGUGUCUGAGCAUAGCAAUGAGCAUGGGAUUAUGAUUAUAAGCGCUGAUCUUUGCAUUCCAAGAAAAAAAUUGACUUUUUGAUGCUCUUACUACUCCUUCUUAUCUC